AUGGAAGCUAAAUCAUUAACUACAUCGCAAAUGGCCAAGGCUGCUGGGUGUAGCGAGCGUACCAUCACGCAUAUCCGCAAAAACCUCUGGUUAUUUGGCAGUGCCAGUCCCCCUCUAAUACAUGCCGGCCGGCCCAGAAGCAUUACGCCUCCAAUGCUUGACGCCCUUUGCGAUCACCUCACCGAAAAACCUGGCCUAUAUGUUGAUGAGAUGGUCGUCGUUCUUCAGGAUGAAUUUGAUAUAUUAACAUCCACAGCCAGUGUUAAACGGGCUCUUUGUCCAGCAGGUUGGACCAAAACAUCAAGCGUCGACUAUCAUGGAAUGCGUCAACUUCAAGCCCUUCUCAGGCCCACAUGA